AUGGAGACAGACGGCGGAUAUGAACAAAGAGGGGAGGUUCAGGAUGAAGCAAUGGGAGGCACCGACGAAGCACAUACCCCCACAAGAAGACAUACACAAUCGCAGUCUGCAGACUUCCCUUCACGCCACGGUUACUCUGCCUCUCCGACCCUAGACAUCGACCCAAAUGCCAGAUAUCCCACCCCGCCUACGUCUUUCCCACCAUCAAUCUCGAGACCAAACUCUGGCUUAUCUGGAAAUGGCGGCUACAUGCAGUCCUCAUACCAGGAUCAGAGUGCUCGCGGAACCACAGACCAAAGUCGGAACAAGAAUAGCGUUGUGAUCAAAGUUGGCAUGGUUGGAGAUGCCCAAAUAGGCAAAACAUCUCUGAUGGUAAAAUAUGUUGAGGGUAGCUGGGACGAAGAUUAUAUCCAAACACUUGGGGUUAACUUCAUGGAGAAGACAAUCUCAAUACGCAACACCGAGAUCACGUUUUCAAUUUGGGAUCUGGGAGGACAACGGGAGUUCGUGAACAUGCUUCCAUUAGUAUGCAACGACGCUGUUGCUAUACUUUUCAUGUUCGACCUGACGAGGAAAAGCACACUGAAUAGUAUCAAGGAGUGGUACCGACAAGGCAGAGGAUUCAACAAGACGGCGAUCCCGUUUUUGGUUGGCACGAAAUAUGAUCAUUUCGUCAAUUUCCCAAGAGAAGACCAAGAAGAGAUCUCGAAUCAGGCACGAAGAUUCGCAAAGGCAAUGCGAGCAAGCUUGAUCUUCAGCAGCACAAGUCACAGCAUCAACGUCCAAAAAAUCUUCAAAAUCGUCCUCUCCAAAGCCUUCGACCUAAAAUGCACCAUCCCCGAAAUCGAAAAUGUCGGCGAGCCCCUCCUCAUCUACCAGUCCGUCCAAUAG